ACACGUCUCCCUCCCUACUCUUUCAGCUUUCCUCAUGAAAUUUGAAGCCUCUCAGGAGAAUCAAUUCAUGCUCUUUGAGGACAGCAUCAAAUACAGCUCUGCUCGGUCGAUUUUUUUUUUUUCUUUUAUUGUCUUGUAUAACUAAAGUAGGAAAGCGGAGAUCUCAAACGCCUUUAGGGUUUUGGAUUUCUUAACUUUCCUUGCAAAGUUUGCCUAGGGCCUCUGAAUUUCGCCUGCGGGAGCUUAUGAGAAGGGACAUGGACAUGGCUAUCUCUCCCGCCUGUCUGAGUAGAAUCUAGGAUUAAAUUCAGAAGUCUAAUUUUGUUUUCAAAUGCUUUUCUCUUAGUGGUUCCACAAGAAUGUCACAAGCUUCCGAGGCUCGGAGCUCUGCUUAUCUAACCGCACUCGCCCAAGAAAUCGAGAAAAAACUCCAACGGGCACUAGUUUCUCAAUCCCAGAGACUUAAUUUGUUGCAGGAACUGUUUGCUGACAUAGCUUUAGAAGUCGACGUCCGUGCCCGAGAUAUAAUUAUAAGCAAAGAUGAUGAUGGAGUUUCUUCAGCAGAGGAUGAUAUUAACCAUCUUUGCUUUUACAAUGUUCUCGCUGAUCAUUAUGUUAUAGUGCCUGAGAAUGGAAAACCAAUCCUUGAUUUGAUUGUCCAGCUGUGGAGCCAGUCUUUUGCGUCUAAUAUCUUUGCCCUCCUUUUCCACAAGUGGUUAUUUGAGGUUCAACUUGAAAAUUCAGAAGUUCUCCUCCGUUAUUCAUCAGCCCUUGUUCAAGGUGCUACAAAUGUAUUCUGGAUUGACAUCCAAACAAAUACAAGGCGUUUCUUGUCUUUGUUUCAUUAUCUUCUUGAGGAGGUUGCAUUGGUACCAGCACGCUUGAAUAAAAUCGCCUUGCAGGCCCAGAGAGACUUGUAUCUUCUGCUUUCCAGAUUCAUAUUCUUUUACAAUUUAGUUGACAAGCUCGAAACUUUGUUAAAGCAAUUUCCUGUUUUUCCAAAUGCUUUUUUGGUUGGCGGUCCUGCAGACAUUUUUGUUAUUGAGUUAACAGAUCAGCUUCAAAAGUUGAAAGUUGAACCAGUACUGCUUCAUUACCUCUCUCACAUGAAAGCCCUCGAGGGUUUGGAGCUGAGGAUGACAACAAGUACAAGAUUGAAAGCCUGCCUGUAUAGUUUCACAUCCCCUGGUGGUCCAAUGUAUCCAACAAGAGCUGUUCGUCAUGCAGCAUGGGAUACACUUGAUUUGCUUUUCCCUGUUGGACGAUAUCCUCGGCAUCUGAUAAGUCUGUUCUUCCGGCUGCUAUAUCCAUGGUACUGGCCCUCUUCAUGUUGGAGUUUUAUAGUGUCUUGCAUCAGGGCAGUGAUAUACUCUAUCCUGAGAAUAUUCUUUUCAAGUUGGAAGAAUCUGAGAAAACCUAAACAUCCCUAAAUGUAGAGAAUAGAUCGGGUUCCAGCAAUCUCCGAAUUUAGGAUGGCACUCCUUACAGAGUUCACUUGUCUUUUUACUUUCCUGUGAGAAGGUUACAACUGAAAUCACUUACAAGUUACGAAAACAUAUUUUGGGUUGAUUCAUUGCUCUCAGUUGAGCUGCUUUAAAUCACUUGCAUGUUGAGAAUAUUAACGAGCACAAAGCUCACUUAAUGGCCAUACUUGAUUAUUAUCUUC